UAUGUUUUGGUUAAUUGGUCAAUGUGUGGGGGGACGGUGACAGCGUCGUACACUAAGCGUAAGUUCAGUGUGUGCGUUGGAAAGCUACGUUGCCACUUGGCCGAAACUGCAACGUUGCCGUUCUUCACUCGCGCGGCGCAAUUUCAUUCCAUCGAACGUCACUCUGUUUGACCGGUAGUCUUUUGUUUUUUUGCUAAUUUGGUUUCGAUAAUUCGAAUAGACGCUCAAUUACGAUUGUAAGGAAAAUUUUAUACCGUGAACAGUAAACUACACAAGAAGAUGGCGACACCAACGUCCCGGAGCGCUUAUAAAAACCACCGAUACUCGGGCUCGAGAAAAAGUCGUAAACGAAUCUAUGCACAAAUGAAACAACAUUACGGAGAAAUCAAAAGCCGUAUUGAAGUCUGGCGCAAGAAAAAACCAAACGACGAUAACGACGUGCCUUCGAGUUCUAUGAAGGCAGCAUUUCGACCUAAGACCCUAGCAGCCCUAUGUAAAAGAGUAAUUAAUAAAUACAAACUCCUACCCGAGAAAAAAAAGUUUACAACUCCCGAGACAUUUUCCGUUGUUGGUGGAAAACCAUUAAGAAAGAGAUCAGGAAAACCACCGCCAGAAAAGAUAGAAAAGAAAGAAAAAAAAGGAAAAAAUCCAAAAAGCUUAGUGGCGCUUUGCCGAAUUGUCAUCCAAGAAUACAAUCUUUUACCUCAAUGCGAAGAGACUGAACAACCGGCAUCUAACCAAUUACUAAUUGAAAAGAGCGAACCUUCAAGAAAACGGGGAAGACCACGGAAGCCAAAAUUAAUCAAGCCAAUUGGGGAAACACCUACAAGAAAGCGGGGAAGACCACGCAAAGAUCAGACGACAUCGCAUGAAUAUGGCGAAGCUUCCAUUAGUUACUCGACUUUUCUAGAACAACCACAGGAUAUAGGAAACAUCAAAGAAGAACCAGACCUCUUCUCUGAAAACGAUCCAUUACAACAAGGAGAGGAUGAUUACACAGUUAUAAUAAAAGAAGAACGCCUCGACAUUGAACACGAAGACUUAGUUGGGCGUGUUCCUGUGACUAUAGAAGUUCCUCAAGGUACAGCACAAGGAAUAAUCAUAAACCCAAUGGCCCAAGUAGAACCUGAUCCUUAUGGACGGAUAACAGAGGCAAAAACUAUGACCGUAGUCAUGGAUGAAUACCAGAUAUUUGCCAACAGUAUAGCUGAACAAUUAAGAGCACUGCCUCCCAAUAGAGCGUUACUGCUGCAACUUGAUAUUCAAUCUAUGAUCGAUAAUGAAAAACAGCUUAUUGGACAUGAAAGUUAAUGUGAUACGUGUAAAAGAAUACAUGUGAUAUCAUAGUUUUAUAAUACUAUUGACAGUGCUCAAAGACUGAUUGAUAUUAUUGGACUGGUUAUUAAUAUAACUGGAAUUUCAUCAGUGAUUAAUAUUAAUAUUGUAUUUCCUCUAGUGUUAUAAUUUAAGUGCAUUGUGAUACACUUUGUUUUAACUUUAAGUUAUUUGUGUAGCUAAACUACGUUUCUUUUUUUUAACGCAAAGAAGAUAUCGACACUAAAAUAAUUGCUUUGUAAUUUGUGUCAGUUGAUCCGGUGUCUGCCAUGUUAAGUAAAUAUUGUUAGAGAUAGGCCAAGCUAAGUUGGCAACGAUUUUGAUAGCCCAGACUGCAAGGGUUAUUUUAAACGUCAUACUUCUAUCAAACUGGGACGGUUAAAUUACACUUUCAGAGUCUGGGCUAUCAAAAUCGCUGCUACUUAGCUUGGUCUAAUUCUCUAGCGUGAUUUUGUUCAGUUAUAUAAAAACUAGACGUGCAUUCAAAAUGUCCGUUGGUUCUUUUCCUGA